GCACCAUCCCCAUCAUGUAAAAACUGCAGCCUCGCACUCGCACCUCUGCCGCUGCACCACAUCUCACGUUCCUCUCCGUACUGGCCCGCAGCUGGGGAACCCGUUAUCGUCAUAUUGCCAACCAGAAACCUCCGCGUGUACACGAAACGACUCGGUGCACAUACCUAGUCGAGUUACAGCGGACGUCUCGAUGGCGACCUUCCUCCUCCUGGACGCCACGGACCAAGCCAUCACCCUGUGCUGGGAGCGCGGACCCGACGUCUUGGUCGAGGAAGUGCAAAUGAAAACCACGCCCACCGCCGACCAACAAAGGCAACAGCAAGAGGUGAAGGAUGGGAGUGAAGUGGGCAACGAGGUGACGCAGAGCAGCGGCUCCGACGGCGGCGGCCUCGGCGACGAAGGCGACUGGGUGACGCUGUCCAAAUCGCUGGGGUCUAGCGCCCUCAGGAAGAAAAAGCUCGCCCCCGGGACGGAGUACGUGUUUCGACGGAGGGCGAGAAAGCAGGAGGAGGAGGAGUGGGGGCCAUGGUCCAAGACUUCCGAGCCUUUCCGAACGCUCUCGGAGGGGGAAAUGCAGCCAAGCGCUCCGGAGAUCAAGCUGCGUGAGGCCGGUGCUCUUGUGAUGGAGUGGCCAGCAGUUCCAUCUGCAAGCGGUUACGAGAUUCAGAUGAGCACGUCGGGUAGCGAAUGGUGCACGCUCACGGCCUCGUUUGGGUCUACCCUCCUCAGGAAGAAAGGCCUAGAGAGCUCCAAGCAGUACCGGUUUCGACUCCGGCCCGUGUUCGACAGCGUCACGCAAGAGGGAGGGGGUGAAUGGGGGUGGUCCCCUUCGUCGGAUCUCGCCUCUCCGGCGGUGCUGAACUCCUUCUUGCGGUCUCAAGCGCCGGCGGAGUUGGUGGGGAGAGGGAAGGCGGUCGUGAGCAGAGACAUCCUCGCGGGGAAGAUUGUUGCCUUCUACUUUUCGGCCUCGUGGUGUGGUCCGUGCCGAAAGUACACUCCGCAGUUAGCGGCCCUGUACACCCGGGCCAAGGCCCAGCACAAGGCGUUCGAGGUGGUAUUCGUCAGCCUAGACGGGGACGAGGAGUCCAUGGACAGGUACCACGCCGGCAUGCCCUGGCCGGCCGUCCCAUACGACCACCCUUUCCGGGAAGACUUCGCGUCAAGCAAGGGAGUCAACUCGGUACCGCGACUCGUCGUGACGGGCAGGGGGGGCCAGGAGAUCGCGAGCAACGCCGUGGGGAUGACCUGGGAACAGCUUGUGACUUGGGAAGCGCACGGGUAGUUUUGUUCGUGUUGUUGACUGGCGUUUCAAGCGGGUCUGUCUGUUGUUUGAAACCGACCAACUGCGUACGAAUGAUGCAUGGCACGGGGGGCGUCUCGUUUGUGGAUUGAUUGUGUUUGUUUAGGUGGUCAUGUGAGACAGAGAGAGGCUGUCCGUCCGUCAUGACGGCGUGAGGCCUUGACGUUGGAGUCACCUUGUAGUCGUAACUUUUUUUUGUUUUUUAAGGCUUGCCCUUUUUGGAGACCUCACAUCUGGGCGGGCGUGGUGCUGCCGUGUUACCCGUCAAAGUCAGAUCCAUUCCCCUCUCCCAUUCCCCUCUCCCCAACAGGCCGCCGUGAGGCAUUGUUGACUGUGCAAAGAACCCGCUAGAAUGUCAUGAUCAGCAACCGCUUCGUGAACGUAUGCACAGCUAGUGAGAUACACAGCCGCCGAGGCUCCAGCUUGGAUGUCCGGUAUGAUUUGUGCCGGUCGUGCACAAUUCACGCCCCGAGCUACUGCCGGAAACACACGUGCGUUAUCACGGGAGGAGGGGAUACCGCGGGAUGCGUCGUAUUAUAAUAGUGGCGUUGUGUAGCAGCUAUUCCGCGUUAAGGUUGAGGAGGCUGGACCUUAUCGUCCAACCUCCUGGGCCUCCUGCCGGUGGGAGUGAGUCCGCUUAACAAAAGGUGCUUUGGGUCUACUUCCCCGCUAGGACU